AUGUGUUUAUCAACUUCAGAGGCACGCAAUACCUUCGUUGGUUAUCUUUAUAGGGCUCUAGAGCAUCGUGGAAUUCAUGUUUUUAUUGACAGCAAAGAUUUGUGGAAAGGAGAAGAUAUUGGGCCGGAACUUCUGGGAGCAAUUAAAGGAUCCAAGCUCUCGAUUGCUGUUUUCAGUGAAAGAUACGCAGAAAGCAAAUGGUGCCUCUGGGAACUCGUUCAAAUGCUGGAAUGUCAUAGAAUCAACGGUCAAGUCAUUUUUCCCAUUUUCUUCAAAGUUAAGACAACAGAUGUUAAGAAUCAAACAGGAAUUUUUGAGAUUUCACCUCAGAGAUAUAGCAAGGAGGCGCCCGAAACGCUGUGGAGAUGGAAGGACACUUUGCGAGCAGUAGGAGAUAAGAAUGGAUGGGUUUUUGACGAUGGGAAAGUCUCGGUCCCUUGA